UAAGAAGGUUCUGUUAUUUGAGGAUGAUAUACGUUUUGAACCAUUCUUCAGAGAGAAGAUGAAACAUCUUAUCACUGAAGCUGAUGAACUGGUUGAAUGGGACUUGAUAUACUUAGGACGUAAGAAACUGAAGAGUUCAGAUGAGCCUUGGGUUGAAGGAGCUGAAGCCUUAGUUCAUGUGGACUACUCUUAUUGGACCUUGUGUUAUGUCAUCACUCUAGAGGGAGCCCAAAAGCUUUUAGAUUCCCAGCCCCUUGGGAAGAUUAUUCCAGUCGAUGAAUAUCUACCAAUUAUGUUUGAUAAACAUCCAGAGGCUGACUGGAAAGCAAACUUCCCUAAUCGGAAUUUAAAGGCAUUUUCGGCAGCUCCACUUUUGGUGUACCCCACUCAUUACACAGGGGAAGUUGGCUACAUCAGUGACACAGAGACUUCACCAACCAUCAACGAUUAUGAUCCAACAGGCUCCGUAGAGCCCAACCUAGAUGGUAAAGGCUUGGAAUUAGAUUUGGGAUUGAGUGGACUCAGUAAAGAUGAACUGUAAGCAUAAGUACAUGACUAAGAAGAUUGCCUGUUUCAUAUCUUUUUCAAAGUGAGCUGUUGAUUUGUUAUAAUGGUGAAUUAGUAUUACCAGAAAAUAUAUCUUGAAUGCAGGUUAUUUCACAGUAAUAAUGGUUACACAAAGAUCUGAGUCUUGGUACUGUAAUAACAAAUCUCCAUUUUAGAGUAAAUCCUGCCAAAAUGGAAAUUUGUUGUUAUUGUUACUUUAGGUUUGAACUUUACAUCAUAGAAUAUUUUUGGAAUACAAGUGUUAAUUUCUUUGUAAUCAUUUUGAAAAGCUAGAUUGGACUCUAUUGCACCAGAAAAAGAUACUGAAGAGUAAGAAAAAUUUUAUCACUAUCAAAAAUCUUUUACAGAUACCAUGCUUCUUUCAUUGAAGAACUGUCUAUAGGUACAUUACUAUAUUUCUUAAUUUGAUAUAGGCCAUGUUUGAAAUGUAAUGGAUCAUUGCAUUAAUUCUGGUUUUUGGUCUUUAAAAAGUAAUUGUUUAUAACACUAAAAACUUAAUGGAGCUUGAAUGAUUUCUUGAUGAAUGUGUCCAAAUUCCUCCAUUUUUUAUCACAGGUAAAUAUGAGGAGAUUCUUUAGAAAAUUCUUCAAAAUGAAUGAGUCAUGUAAACAGCUGUAAAUGUUUAGUAGGCAUUUUAUAUCCACAGUGAGCCGAACGAAUCCUCUUCUUUUUACCAUUUCACUAGACAAUUCAGUUGUGCAGGUACUAUGUGCCAGUUGCUCAGUACCUUUUGGGAAAAUUAUCUAUAAGUAUCUUUUCUUUCAUUCUAAUCAUGUUUUGCCAAUUUCAUGUCUUCAGUACAUUAGUUCGAAUUUCAAAUGCUUUGCCAUAGCUCCAGCCCUUCACUUUUUAGGGACAGUUUUCUGUAGUUUAUUUAAAACAUGAAUUUUAGAAGUGUAUAAAGAUUGUGCAGUUCCAUUUUUAAUAUUGUUACUCACUUUGUAUGCUAAUAUUGAACUCUACAUUCAGGAAUGCACAAUAUUGAAGUACUUCCAUUAUCAGGGUUAAGAGGACGCAUUGAUAAGUUUAGCGUUUUGAAAGUAAGUACAAAAAUAGUUGUAGCUUAGGAAAAAUAGGCUGUGCCUAAGAUUUCUAUUGCCAUGUUGAUGUUCAGACUUACAUUUAGAAUAAUUGUUUGUGGUAAUCAGCAAGUCAGAGGUUUUAUGUUCUGAAGUGUGAUAUGCCGAUGAAUUUUGUUCAAUUGAUGUGUUUGUUUCUUGAUGUUAAGUGCAUUUUUAAAACCUGUUGCAGUUUCUGUGUUACAGACAGUAUUUUGAAUACAAUUUUUGCUAAGCAGGUCAAUUAUACUAUAGAUGUAUGUAUAGUUUGUAUGGCAAUUCAGUUCCUUCCAAAGAAGGGUCUGUUGAUUUAUUUCAGUUUAAUCUUAGCCUUCUGUGUGCCGGUUUCACAAUACAAAUUAUGAAAUCUGUCUAUGUAUUUCUUUGGAAAUACAAACCAUUGCCUUUUAUGUAGGUAUAUCCUUCAGUGUGAGCUGGAAGCAGUCUUUGAAUUUUGUAAGGUGGGUAAACUGAUGGUUAAGGGAGGGUGAAGGGGGAAGUAUCCCCUCAUCCCACUCACUCAUUGAGUGAGGAUGUCUUGCUGCACUCCCACUGAACUUUUUUUAUCUUUCUUUUUUGAGUGUUUUACUUAUAUGGAAAUAGUGCCAUUAAUGAAAGUGUGUAUCACAUUAGUGAGUGUAGUGAACCUUCAUGCCUUCUGUUCAGGUGGAUCCCCACUUUUUAAUACUCUGUUGUAGAGGUACUUGUACACAAUGAAAAUGCUUGAUUGCCAUCUAAAUGGUUUCACAUAGGUAAAUCAGGUCUAAUAUGAUAACAGAGAGCAAACAUUGAGUUGCUGAAUCCCUUAAUGUAAUUCAGGUUGUAUACACAUUUCUAGCAAUGGGUUUCAAGCCAUAUAUGCAUAUUUCUUCUUCAGUAACUGGAAUAUCCUUCCUACAUGGUAAAAUGACCAAAUCCAAAUUCAUUUAAGGCCAAAUAAGAUUGCACAAAAAAUCUUCAAAGUACCACAGGAUUUGACUUUGGUGUUGCAGAAGGUCCAACAUUCAUUCCAUAAUCCUUGAAAAGAAGACAUAAUUAGUGAAAAGCAGUAAUGAGGUAAGACAUACAAAAAAAUAAACCUUUCAUUGACUCAGCACUCAUACCCUCACUCGCAUUCAGUGAUGAGUAAAAUGACUAUCCUUGUCCAUCCCGUGACUCUUAGUCUGCCAUUGUCUGGUAUUCUUUCUCUUCCUGUCUUCCUUCAAAUUCUUAUUUCCUUUAUCAUUAACCUCAUUGCUUAGCCUCCUGGGCACUGCCACAAGACUAGGGUUUUUCAUCUUAUUAUUAUGGCACAUAAACUGUCACAUAAUCAAAAACACUCCACUCUUUUAUUGUCCUUACAAGCCUACUCUCAACACUUCACAUUUGCUGUAGAUAUUCUAGUGGUGGAUGUUAUUUUCAGUUCAAACUUCACUCCACAUAAAAUUGGUCUUUGUGAUUUCAUACAAAACCUUUAAACAACUAUUCGCAUUCAGUCAUAGAAUACUUUUGUUUUGCCACACUAAAAGUCUGAAAUUUUAGCAAUCACCUGUUUUCUUAGCUCCAGGCACAGAUUGAUCAUGCACCAAACAUCCAUCCAUCAUGUAAACACUAGUAUCAUAAAAUCUCUAUCAUCUAGAUAAUCAGUUCAACAUCGUAUACAGCCUAUACUCUCUGUCUCUCAAACUUAAAUUUUUGAAUUGUUAGUGCCUCUUCCCAGUUAAAGGUUUGCUUUUCUUGGAAAUAGGCAUCUGAUAACACCCAUCCACCAAAUACAUUUUAUUAAAUGCAACACUAAUUGAAAACUAUAUCUUUACACACAUUGAAAACAUAUCUCUCCAGUGAACUCUGUCACUUUUCUAUAAUCAGUACACAUUUGUAAACUUGUCUGAUUUUUCCACAGGUUAAAUCAGAUUAUUCCAUGUACUUUCAAUGUACUCAGUCACCGCUUACUCUAACUCUUCACAGUAAUCUUCUAAUCUGUCUUGCAACAGGCAGCAGGAUUUAAUGAGGUCUUUGAUAUGUUUAGGUAUCAUUCAAAACUAUUUGAAACUCAAGCAAAUGAACUGUUCCAAAAUCUUCAUUCCUCUUGACCAAAAACUCUUCCUUUCUUCCACAGCAUACUGUCAUACUGUACACACUAUGUUUCUCCCUUUCACUCACAUUAUCAUUCAAUUUAAUUCUUUGUCAACUUUUCAUAUUCCUAUUCACCUUGCUAAACUUCACCGGUCAUCACAUAAUAUCCCAAAACAUAACUUUCAUUGAUAACUUGUAUACUUUUCCAAAUCUUUUGCAUAUUUGUAAUAAUUUGUAGAUAAACUCUUAGAUCUUCCAUAUCUAUCACUCCAUCAAAUACUUGUGCCACUUUCUUUAACUAGUAAAGUGCUGUACAAUCAUCCACCCCAAACAUAUCCUGAUUAUUCCCUCUUAUACCAAGAUUGCAUGCCACUCUACUCAUUACACUAUUGUUAUCCGUGAGAAAUUUCACAUCUUUUGUGGCAUAGUACACUGCCACACUAUACAUCAGUAAUUCUUCAUUUCCCUUUUAUAAACCUUUUAUUCACGCCCUCUUUCAUUUCUAAUUUCUGUCUCAAAAAUUUUAUUUCCAUUUCCAUGAUGCAUUGUAAGUCACUCUUACCAUCUCAAACAAAAAAUGAAAUUAUUACAUAGGAAGAAGAAGAUAAAUUCCAAGAAGGCCUCUCACAAGAAGUCCUAUAAGAUUUCCAGUGAGUGCUCUUUCCAGUUUUUGGGAGGCAGCAAUGUUCAACUGCCCAUUGGUGACCCAUUCACUAUCAGUUGGAUUGGCAAGAGUAUCUAACAACAAAAUCUUGUACGUUCCCAUAAAAGGCAAUGGAUUGUGCUCCCGUGGGAACAAAUUACGUACACAUUUUUAAUGGUUACAGGUAAUUCAUAUUUUUCCUAGGUAUGCACCUCAAGUACCUGCUUUGUUCUUAAGGUUAAAGGUAUUAAAGCUUGGAUACAGUGAGUAAGGGGUAACCCCCACUCUUCCCCUUCACCAUCAAUUAAGUAAACUUGUUGCCAAGUUCAGUUGCCACUUCCAGCUUGCACUGAACGAUACUUCUAAUUGAAAGGCUUUUGGUUUUAUAUCUAGGAAAAAUACAAAUUACUUUUACAUUUUUUUCAUUUUUCUUGGUUAUAAGACACUGUUUUCUAUAUACAGUAUAUAUAUAAAAUGGAUAACAAGUGUAGUAUAAUUAAGGUUAAUCAGUUGAGUGUUAGUAAAUGCAUGCAAUAUAAAAUUCCUGUUGAAUAUUUAAAAAAAAUUAUAAUCUUUUUUAUUAUUACACUGUUAAGUAUACUCACUACAGUACUACAUAUUUGCUUGUAUCCCAGAUGCUUGGGAAUUUUACUCUCUUUUUUUUUUUAUGUUAUCAAUGGAGACUAGUUGCUCCAUGGCCUCAUUUGCUUUUCUCUGAGUAGAGUUAGUAUUGUUUUAAUUUGCAAAAUUACAGUACUUUCUAAAAACUUGGAAGUGUGAUUAGUGGUCUCCUUAAUUGACUUUAUAAUAUAAUGAGGGAAAAGGAAUCCAAACAUUUUAUGUAGUGUGUAUUAUAAUUAAGUAUGUUAUGCAGAUUUGCACAGUUGUACCAACUACAUUUAAGGUCAAACCCAAGUGAACAUUUAUGUAAAUCCUAUUUAGCCAUGGUUACCUUGUGCAAGGAAUUGUUAGGCCUUGUCUCUAAUGUACAGACUAAAAGUAAGGACGUACAGGCAGUCCCCGGGUUACGACGGGGUUCCGUUCUUGAGACGCGUUGUAAGCCGGAACAUCGGGAAAAAUCCUAAGACAACCUUACUUUUAAUGCUUUGGGUGCCUUCAAAACUAAACUAUGUAAACUGCAUUCUUAUUACAUUUUCCAUCAAAUAAAUCUUAAAUAUUGAUUAUUUUGCAUUUUGGUGUUAUAUUUCUUCUGCCAGAUCAGCGAUGUAGGCAUCGUAACCCUGGAAAUAAUUUCUGAUGAAUAUAUAAUUGAAAAGCGCCUUAACCUCGGAACGUCGUAAGCCGAACCCGUCGUAACCCGGGGACUGCCUAAAACAGAUAACAAAAUUAAGAAUGGUAAUACAGUUUUCCCCCAUAGGAAUAUGAAAGAGUAGGGUUUAUCUAUUUACAGAUAUUUACGUAAUGUAUCAGAAAAAAAAACUAAUUUUGCAGUAUCCUAUUGCAGUAAUAAUUAGGAGCAUCAUGGAUUAGAAAUAACAGAAAACACAAAAGAAACUAGGAUAUGUUUGCUUGUUGGAUGGUGUGUGGGUUUUACAUUACAGUCACUUUCUCACCCAUAAGAAAAUAACUAAUUUUUCCAUAAUUAAACGACUGAUAUGCUGAUGAAAAUCCUGUUUCUUGUGAAGCAUAUAACAAUAAAAAAAAGCAGUACUGUAAUAUUAAUUUUUAAAUAUGCCUCUUGCAAAAUUGGAGUACUUUAUUUCUCUUAAGACAUACCUCUGACAUUGGUUUGGUAUGGUAGUUCAGUGCUCUGUUAUUGGUUCAGUACGGUAGCUCAGUGCACUAUGAUUUAAAGUGUAGGGUUCCCUAUUGUGGAUUGAGAGGAUUAUUUGUACAGAAUUUUAGUAAAUUAUAAUACAGAAUUGUAUAUACUUGUUAGUUUACUAAAUUAAUUGCUCUUUUUUCACAUAUACUACUUCUACUGAUUAUUUUUUUUUGUCAUUUAUCUUUUUAUCAUUGCUUAAGGACUUAUUUGUUGAACAGUCUUACUUUGCCAAAUUCAGUGGUGAUGUGUUUUCUAUAGGUAAAAAGAGUUUGGACUGCUUUAUUUUUAUUUAAAAAAAAUUGCUGCGUGCUAACAGCUUCUCUUGCCAUUACAUUCUUGGAAGUAUUGGUCUCCUGUCAUUGUUUUUCUCUUUCAUAAAUAUGGUCUUUUAAAUUUUUUACAGAUUACAGGUGUUUAAUUCACAGUUAACUCCUAGAGUUUGGGAGAGUAAAGUAAUUAAACCUUCUGUAACCAAGAACUAAUGCGCACAUACAUGGUUGUGAAAUUGUUCUUAAGCCUGGAGCUGACUUACUAGCACAUGAUAGCAAAUACUAGUAGUUGACCUUAAUGUUCAACAUAUCAUUGGUAUGUGGAGAGACUGCAAAUAACCUGACAGUAUGUUUUUUCUUUUUAGUUUGAGCACUUCAGUUUAAGUACUUCAUUGUCAAAAUUUGAUAUAAUUUUUUUUAGUUUCUGCACUCGUUUUCUAUUUUCAGUAAGCACCUGCUGUCACAAAACUUCUUUUUCGGAAGUUCUAAAUAUUACCACUACCAUUCAGUUAAAAAAUAAAUGAAAAGGUUAGACACACACAUGCUUUUUUCUAUUUUAGGGAGGGUGCUCAUUAGAUGGAUUUUUUUAGUCUUUGAGUCUAAGUAACAUUAUUUCUCUCUCUCUCUUUCACUUAUUUUUUUAUUUAUGUUCAGCCUGUAUCAUGAAACCUUUCUCCCCCUUCCCAUUUCUUUAAUUCAACACGGUCACAGCAGCCUCUUCUAGGACUGGCAAAACUUGCAUUUAAUGCAAAUGAUAAGCCAGUAACAGACCACUUCCAAACCCAUACCAUACCAAACUCGUAGCAGCUGAAAAGAUGAGGAACAAAGUAAAUGUGGAUGUUAUCCUCAAAAAAAUUAAGAAAACUUUGGCAUAACAUUUCUGUUAUCGAUAUCUCUUAGAUAUUUCCUACCUCACCUCUUUCCUACAAUUGUAUUUACCAGUUUGCCAUUCAAUCUAGCUUACAGUCAUAGCUCAGUGGCUUUUAUGUUUUUUUGUGCUCCUACUUAUAAGUUCCCAUCCUGUAAACUGCUUAGCCUGUAGGUGCCACUUGUGGAAUGGAAAUUUUUAAGUAUUUUAUAUGUAUGAUCAGGGUCGGUAAUUCAGUGAAACAUGUACUGCAUAACACUGGUGUGUGGUGAUGGAAAGCAUCAGUUAGAAUCUUGUUGGUAUAUACGUUACAUUGUUCACUGUAAGUGUUCUAUGAAUUUUAUUUUAUAUGGGCAUUAUUUUUCAUUGCAUUACAUGGUUUUUAGUUGUUGGCCAUAUUGAGCUCUUUAGUCUGAACCAUAAAACAAUUUCAUCAUAUGUUAUGCAUGUGUUGGAAAAGGAGCAGCAAAAUCUUAAGAACCUGGAAAUUGUUAUAGUUUCUCAUCACUUCUCAGUCUGUACACCAUGAAUAUAGUGAAUGUGUGAUAAUUUGGUGCUAAAAUGUUCUGUGUUCAUAAUUUAAGAAAUCCUGUCAAUAUAGAUGUGCUGUGCUGUAUAAUUUUUAUAUUUUUAUUUUUGCUGUAUGCAUGCAAUUUAUCUUUGGCUCUAGUACAAUCAGUGAACAUCUGUCUGUGAAUGUUAUUAAUAAGAAUUUGCACUACAUAUAUAUUGUGUGCUUGAUUACUAUUUAAUAUGAUUGUAUGUAUAUUUUAAUAAAGCCCUGCAGAGUAGUA